GUGUCCUACAAACUAUAAGAAAAUUAUAUACAGGUAUUUAGUAGAUCUGUUAUCCGUCAUUUAUAAGAAAACACGAAAAUCUAAAAAUAUUCAGUCAUUGAAGUACGUACAGAUAUAUAUAGAAAUUUAUACACAUAAAUAUGUGUAUAUUUGUGUCAGUGUGCAUAGCUGGUCCGCAAGAUAGGUAAGGGAGCCGACAGGAGAGAGGGUCACGUGAUCUUGACCAUGUAGUCACGUAUGGGCAUGCUUGUGAUGAUUCUCUUCUUGACAAGCCUAGGAAAGGGACGUGCAACUUUUAUUAAUUUCUGUCACAUGUGGACGUGCGUUUCUUUUCUGACAAGGCGACUCUUCCGAUUACGAAACCUGAAAGUUUCAGCGUAUCUUUCAGCGACGAAUUUAGAGCGUAUCGUAUGUUGUGUGCUAUACCACGCGUGCUGGUAUUUUUCCGCUCGCUCCUAUCACUCUAAGAAAGCAUACCGUACGGCGCCUGCAGCGAAACUUGCUACCACCAGGGCGGUGUAAAUUAAAGAAAUUGAAAAUUAUCAUUUUCUUGGGUGUUGCUACACUAUUGGAUAGAUAUAUAUAUAUUAGACAACUAAAAUCAUAGGAACUAGCAUUGUCUCGCGUGCUACUACAGCAUUGUAUAAAAAAUAUAUUGGACCAGUUGAUCUGAUCAGAUUCAGAGAAAAAGUGAUUGGCCACAUCACGAAGCGAAUAAUGUUUUGGACCAAUUUAUAUUUACAAUAAUAAUACGAAAUUGGAGUAAGCUAGAUUGGAAUUUUUUAAAAAUUGACAGUGUUCAUACUUCUUGCGUGUCCAACCUAAAAACUUAGUAGCUGCAGAGUUUUACUUUUCAAAGGAGAUUUACAGAGUUCGCUAUCUUGAAUGCAGAAUUGAGAUUUAUCAUUUAGAAGUAGGAUAUGAUCCAAAGCAUCAGCGACGGCCGCUGUGGUUUGAUUCGCAAUGUUUUCUGUGGCAAUAUUCUGGUCGGAGUUGAUCCAAGUACUAUACCUCAGACACGAAGCUUCAACAUCUGUGGUCGAUUUUCAAGUACACCAACUUUCACGACAGUAAUCGACCUAACAAAAUUAAUCUUAUUAAAAAAAUUUUCAAAAAAUAGUGAUCUCGUAUAUUUAUCGAACAACUUGAGAAUUUCCAAGCACCAAGACUGUAAGUUUCAUAUAGAAACUACUGGACAAUAUUUCUUAUGACAACAUAAUGUAUAUGCAGUUUUAUGCAGUUUAUGUUGCAGUUUAUGCAGUUAUUAAUUAUAUACAGUUUUCGCAAUCCUGAGUGAUCGAUAUAAUCUGACAACUUGAAGGAUGUAAUGUAAAGAAUUAAACAAAGCUAUAAUUAUAAUAGAUGUGACGAACAAUGACUGAGUAUGAUUAAGAUUUUCAUUGCUAUUCUAUUUAUAUUUUUGAUGAGGAUUUCCCUGUCCUGAUGAGCUAUCAAAACCGAGCGUUGCUGUAAGUGUUAAAUUCAUCAAAUGAUAUUCCGGCUAAUCUAAGGUAUCACAAAAUUUCAAGAGAAAUGAGAAUAGUUGUUAACAAAAUACGAUGAAUAAUCUUAGAAUACUACUUACUUAUAUAACUUGCUACCUCUGUGGAACCACGUUAAUGAAAAAUGUCUGCAAAUUUAAGCAUAAUGACAAAUGUUACAUCACUCGCAAUAUUAGAAGAUAGUAAUCUAGAAGAUGUCCGAGUGACUCAAAAUCAUACAAUUUCUGAAUUUAUUGAAUUAAGCAGUGAACGAGUUUGUUUGGGGAUUUUGCUUUUAUUAUUUUCACUGUCUACAGUAUUUGGUAAUUCACUUGUUAUUGUAGCAGUCGUACGAGAAAGAUAUUUGCAUACAGCUACGAAUUAUUUUAUUACAUCUUUAGCAUUUGCUGAUUGUCUAGUGGGUCUUGUUGUUAUGCCAUUUAGUGCUAUAUAUGAAGUCUUGAAGAAACGUUGGCUUUUUACGCUUGAUUUGUGUGAUAUCUGGAGAUCUUUAGAUGUACUUUUUUCCACAGCAUCUAUUCUAAAUUUAUGUGUUAUAAGCAUCGAUCGAUAUUGGGCUAUCAAAGAUCCAUUUAUCUAUCCAUCUAGAAUGACUCGAAAGCUAGCUCUUAUACUUAUUACUUUUGUAUGGUUAGCAUCGAGCCUUAUAUCGUUUCCAGCUAUUAUUUGGUGGCGUGUGGUACGGAAGGAUUACAUACCACAAGAUAAAUGCCCUUUCACGAUAAACUUGGAAUAUAUUAUAUUUUCAUCGACUAUUAGUUUUUAUUUACCUCUAUUUGUCAUGGUAUUUACUUAUUAUAAGAUUUAUCGAGAAGCAUCCAUGCAAAACCAAAGUUUGAAGGUUGGAACAAAACAAGUUAUGAUUGCUUCAGGAGAACACGAAUUGACACUCCGAAUGCAUCGCGGCGGUGGAUUUCGAAAAACAGUUGAAAAAAAUCACCCAAUUUGUAAAGUCACGAUACCAGCAAGAAGUAUUUGUAAUUUUAACAAAGAAUCAAUUAUCCAAAGAAAUACACAAUGUUCAGACUCAUUGUAUUUAAAAAAUAGCUGCAAAGAAAAUUGGCCUAUUCCCGGGAAAAAUUUUUCUUUGUCACGAAAAAUUGCUAAGUUUUCUAAAGAAAAAAAAGCUGCAAAAACGUUGGGUAUCGUGAUGGGUGUCUUUAUAAUAUGCUGGUUACCAUUUUUUGUAGUAAAUUUAUGGUCUGGAUUCUGUGCAAGAUGUAUUUGGAAAGAAGAUGUCGUUUCAGCAGCAGUCUCUUGGCUGGGUUGGAUCAAUAGUGGUAUGAACCCUGUAAUAUACGCAUGUUGGAGUAGAGAUUUUCGAAGAGCAUUCAUCAGAAUCUUGUGUUCAUGUUGUCCAAGGAGAAUGAAACGAAAAUACCAGGGUGGAGCUUUUAGAUGCAAAGCAAAUCAGGAGGUAGCUGAUGGCGGAAAGAUAAUUCACAACUUCCCAAAAAGUAGAUUUAGAAAUAGAAUUCGGAUCAAAACAGCUGUAUGAUUAAUAAUCGAUAUACAUUUUAAUAAGAAUAUUAAGAAUAUUACGUUUCGUCAUUAUUUAUUAAAUAAUUUUAUUUUAAUUUUAUAGUUUAUUGUCAUUUGUUAUCCUAUCCACGAGCACAAAUUUUAAAGCAUUAAGUAUACAAUUGUUACCAAAAUAGUAAUUGCUGAG